AUGAAUAGGUUCACUAAGGAGGCGCUCAAGGUCCCGGAUUUAGACCAGAAAAUAGCCAUGAUUGCCCUACAGCAAGGAACCACGGAUGAUAAUUUCCGCCGAUCACUAGCCAAAAGGGCCCCUGAAAAUAUGAAUGAGCUCCAGGAGAGGGCCGGGAAGUAUAUCAAGGCUGGAGAAAGCCUGAAGAAAUCUCAGAAUAACCAGGGACCGACCCCGAACCCAAAGAAACGUGGAAACGACACCGAGUACAAAGCGGAUAGUAAGUAUUCAAAGACAGGGGAUGGUGAUAAGUCCCCCACCAAAAAGAAAGCAGGACCGAGGUUCACUGAGUAUGCAAGGCUGAAUGCCCCUAGGAGUCAGAUCCUGAUGGAAAUUGAGAAAGAUGAAAGUGUUCGAUGGCCGAAGCCUAUCAGGACUGACCCGGAAAAGAGAAACAAGGACUUGUACUGCAGGUUUCAUAAGGAUACAGGACAUAAGACCGAUGAUUGUCGGCAGUUGAAGGAUGAGAUCGAGUUUUUGAUCCGAAAAGGCAAGUUGUCCAGGUAUACUAGGGAUACGGACAAGAAUCCCCGUGACAAUGACAACCGUGGAAGAGACAACGAUGAUAGGAAUAAGAGAAACCAGCCUAGAGGGCCUGUGAUCAAUGUAAUCUCUGGAGGACCGACCGCAGCAGGCCUAUCUAGUAACUCACGAAAAGCUUAUGCUCGUGAAGUGAUGUGCAUUGUUAGAGAGCCCCCGAAGAGGGCAAAAAUUGAGUUUGCUCUAGCAUUCGACAAUUUAGAUCUUGACAGAGUUAAAUUUCCCCAUGAUGAUCCUUUGGUAAUCACCCCGGUGAUUGGAAACUCUUUUGUAAAAAGGGUACUCGUUGACAGUGGAGCCUCAGUAGAUAUCUUAUUUCAUGAUACAUAUGAGAAGAUGGGAUAUUCUGAUUCGCAAUUGACACCUUCAGAUAUGCCUAUAUACGGCUUUAAUAACGUGGAGACAAAGAUUGAAGCAAUCCCAUCCACCUACCACUUGAAGAUCAAAUUCCCUACCAAGAAUGGGGUGGGAGAAGAGAUAGGAGAUCAAAAAAUGACUAGAAGUUGUUAUGUGGGGGCUCUGAAAUCUGGAGGGACCGGGGGGCAAGUUCUCCCAAUUGAGGACUUGGAUGUCCGAGAGGAAGAGGAAAGGAGAGGAAAGCCUGCUGAGGACUUGGUUCCCUUCUCCCUAUAUCCAGAUGAGCCCGAGAAGGUGACCUAUGUAGGGGCGUCGCUCCCCGAGGAUAUGAAAUCCGAAUUUGUGAAAUUCUUGAGGAACAACCGGGAUGUGUUUGCUUGGACCGCAGCCGAUAUGCUAGGGAUUGAUCCCCUCUUUAUGACACACACGCUUAACGUAAGCCCAGAUUGGAAAACCCGUGAAACAAAAGAAGAGAAGUUUUGCCCCUGA